CAAAUUUUACAUAGGCCAAGAUAGACAAGACAACGGUUCAUUUCCCAAGAGAGUAGCCCGUUGAGUGCAACCAGACCUUAGGAUUUCCACUGUCCUCUUUUUUUGUGCACCAGGAUUUCCACUGUACUAAUUGACUAAAUAUAAAUGCUUCUCCUUCAAUUUCCAAAACGUAAGUAUUAAGAAGUUGGACGGUUGUCUUUGGGUUCUCUCUAUAUAAGCCACUAUAGUUUACUAGAAAUAAAAUCAUGUUACCUUAUAACUAUGGCAACUCAAACCAACCAACAGAUAUUCUCGGGUGGACUUGCAAAGGUCUUGGAAGAACAAUGGCAAGUUGACGCGCUCAAGGCGGGUGUGGACAACGAUGACGAUUCAGCUAUAUCCGCUCACAAACUUAUUCUGGCAUCAAGAUCAGAGGUGUUUAAGAAGAUGCUGGAAUCUGACGAGGUUAAGACUUUGGCUGAGCAGGUCGAGACAGUCACUCUAUCAGAGAUGAAAAAAGAAGAGUUAGAAACUUUUGUUGAAUUUAUGUAUAGCGAUGGCACUAUGAUUUCUCCGAAAGCUAAGCAGAAUGUUCAGUCACUCUAUCUUGCCGCUGACAAAUACGAAAUCCCUCAUCUACGUGAUCUGUGCAGAAACGAAAUGAUAUCUUCUCUGGAUAUGUCGAAUGCUCUUGACGUCCUUGAGCUUGCUCAGAUACCUUUCGACAAUGGCCUCAAUGAAGCCGCUUUCAGUUAUGUCAAAAAUAAUAUAUCUACCAUAGCUAGCUCGGAGGUCUUCAAAUUAUUCGUAGUCAGUAACCCAAAUCUUGCCUGGGAGAUAAUGAAGGCUUCUGUUUCGCAGACAAGCAACAUUUACUCCAGGGCUUGUAGAAACUGUGGUACCUACUGUCUUUACUGCAGAUGAAGUCAAGAAGACCGUUAACAUGAUUGCUCUCGUGACGUCUUUAUUUUCUCAAUAAUCGUCUGAAAUGCGAUUGAUCUGUUUUUAACGAGCUCAAUAUGCUAAAUCAUAUUAUUUGUAUUGAGUUAAAUAAGAUUGUGUGUCUAGAGUUUUCUUUGGUCCUAUUUUGUGGUCAGUUUUGAUUUACUACUAAAUUGAAGUAAUCUAUUAUAUAAUGAUUCAGUGGAGACUCACCAGGGUCUGAUACGUCAGCACCCCAUGCCUGCAGAGCCCGGCUUGACCCAAUUAUUUUGAACCAAUCGAAUGGGUCCCCAAUUUCUUAUAAUUUCGUAAUAAUAUGUCUAUAAAUAUAAUAAUAUAUAUAAAUGUGUAAGUGUAAAAUAAAAAUGUUAUGUUUUCAAAAAAAAAUGUUCAUAAAAGAUAAAUAAAAAUGCAUAGUUAUGUAUAUAUGGCAGUAAAUUAGAUUAAGUUUAUAUUUAAAUACAAAUUAUAAUAAAUUUUAACCUUUAAAAAAAAUUAAAUAAUUCUUAAAAGAAAAUUGUAUAGGGCCCCAAACAAUUCAGGUCCGGCUCUGCCUGCCUGACACCUCACUUUAAAAAAAUCCAUAGAAAAAGGUAAAUCGUUCAUCCUCAACUAUUGACUCUUUGGAUCCUUUUGUCAAAGUGAGUUUCAUUUCAUCAACAAUCGAUAAUACAUUUCUAAAGAGUUUUGAGAGAUAAUAUCUCAUCUUUUUCAAUUCAUCUAUAUAAACCAUUCUUCAGCUCCUCUUCUUUCAUAAAAAAUAAGAACGGACUCAGAUCUGGGAUAGGUGGAGAGGUUUGCAUGGUAGUGAAUUCGUCUUAAACUUUAAUUAGUAAUUUGCCGCUAUAUUCUGGUGAUUAAUAUCAUCAAUGGGUCUUUGCCAGAGAUUCUUUUUCUUCAAUAUUGUUUGAUCAUUGAUGUUGUUCGUAUCAGUAAGACAGUGGACAAAGGCGUUAACAAUAUAUUUGUAACGCUUUGAUCCGUCCACGGCUAAUGGGCAACCCACGCCGCUCUCUCGGUCCGUGGGCUCCAUCCCAUCUGACGGUCGGUCCGUUAAUUUUCUAAAAGCUCAAAAUCACUGUUUACUGACCCUACAAUCACCACCCGAUAUUUUCUCAUGCUUUGGCCUCACUCGCAUGCUAUCGCGAAUCACUUCCCGAUAGGUCACCCAUCCUUCCACUAUUCCAUCUCAAGCACAUUUAACUCUGGAGUUCUUUCAGGAUGUGCUUCGGAAAAGGUAAAUCAACUUUGGUGACAUAGGUAGC